GAUGUUGGGAAUGGACUGCAAUUGCAAGCAACGCCCAGAUAAACGUGGGAACGAAAAAUCACAAAAGGUUUUUAUUGCAAAAAUAAAUGUUGUAAGAAAACAAUCCGAAAGGGAAAAGGGAAAGGUGGCAGGUUAGUUAGUUUGAGAUUUGGAAGCGCACCAAAACGCACGCAUUUCUCGAAAGAAAUAAAUAGGGACUAAGCAGAGAGGAAUCAAUGAGCAAAAAAGCUUUGUCCAUCUUGAUGCGCGCCAGAAUGAGGCCUAACAGUAAUUCCAACCAUUCUGUCUCUCCUCUCUCUCUAACCAACGCCGUGAAGCAAAUGCAGCGGCACCGGAAUUCCCGAGAAGGCCAAUCAGCUGGAGGUGCUUCGAGAGAAGAAAAUUCAGCUUCUAAUGACUCCGGCAGUUCUGAGAGAGAGUUUAUGCAUGUCCGUGCCUCAAUGGACUCUGCGGUAUCAAUGAACAAGACGGAAUUUCUAGAUGAUGCGCUUAAUAACUUCUCAGAGGGCUAUUUUAGCUUUUCUCAUGAAAACCGUCGCAAGUUGCUCCUACUCCUUGCUAGGGAGUAUGAUCUCAAUAGGUCACAGGUUUGUGAACUGAUAAAACAGUACCUUGCACUUGAACUUCCUGCUGACAAAGCUCAAGUGAGUGAAGAAGAAGGCUUGUUUGCUUCUUUCUAUCGCAUUGAGCGAAACUUGAGGCAUGCACUUAAGCCAGUUUAUGAAGUCCUUUUUGAGCGCCUCAACACUCAUCCUGGAGGGUUGAGGUUCUUGUCCAUCCUUCGUGCUGAUAUCCUAUAUAUUCUCACAGAGGAAAAUAUUGCAUCUCUGAGAGCAUUAGAUUCUUAUUUACACGAGAAACUGAGUACGUGGCUUAGUCCUGCUACCUUAGAGCUUCACCAAAUUACAUGGGAUGAUCCUGCUUCUCUUCUGGAGAAAAUUGUUGCAUACGAAGCUGUGCACCCUAUCAGCAACCUUCUAGAUCUAAAGAGAAGGCUAGGAAUUGGCCGUCGUUGUUUUGGAUAUUUACAUCCUGCAAUUCCUGGUGAACCUCUAAUUUUCAUUGAAGUUGCACUGCUGAAGAAUAUUGCCCAUUCUAUUCAGGACGUUCUGGAGGAUAGUCCUCCUAUACCUGAAAGUGAGGCAACCUGUGCACUAUUCUACUCUAUAUCAUCAACUCAGCCUGGCUUAGCAGGGAUCAAUCUAGGGAAGUUUCUUAUCAAACGUGUUAUAACGCUGGUGAAAAGAGAGAUGCCACAUAUAUCUACCUUUGCAACUCUCAGUCCCAUCCCAGGAUUCAUGCAGUGGCUCUUGUCCAAAUUGGCAUGUCAAAAAAGGCUCGCUGAAGGAGACAUGUCACAAACUCUUACUGAGGGAUCCAAUUUGACUUUCUAUGAGAAGAUACUUAAGCCAGAGGAGGAAGAAGCACUUAUGAGUUUACCGAAGGAUCUUGCAAUGGGACAAACUGGUAUGGAAACCAUGUUCAACUUGCUUACUUCUACAUCCUAUAAGUGGAUCCAUUCGUCAGAACUUGUGUCAGUGUUAAAGUCUCCUUUGAUGCGUUUAUGUGCGAGAUACAUUCUGCAAGAGAAGAAAAGAGGGAAGGCUUUGGAUUCUGUAGCAAAUUUUCACUUGCAAAAUGGAGCGAUGGUUGAAAGAAUAAACUGGAUGGCAGACCGAUCUGAAAAUGGCCUUUCCCAAAGUGCGGGCAUCAUGGUCAACUAUGUUUAUAGAUUGGGGCACAUAGAAGAGUACGCUCAUUCGUAUUUCAGCAAUGGGGAAAUUCAUGCCUCAAGUGAUCUCCGUCACUAUGUUGAGAGUGACAAGAAACAAUGAAAUCUGCUUGCUCGGAUUAAACUAGGAACAAAUGCAUUUAAAUCUAGAAAUGAGGAAGCUUGUAUCCUCACAUGAUGAUUUAUGUAAAGAUAAUUAAAGAUAAUGACGGGGCAACUCUUGCAAGAGAGCUACAUUGCAGAAGGCUAUGAUAAAUGGUUCAUGCUUGUCUUAGCAAACGUCAAGCUAUAUAGUUCUCUUCACAAAGAAAAAGCUCAAGCCAUGUAGUAAACUAUAUGAUGUAUGUUCAUAUCAAUAUAACACUAUACUGACAGCAGGCACCAUCUCGAGCGAACAGUGUGCUGCUGUUACCAAUUUGGUGGUUUCAGAUCAUUAAAUGUAAAGUGUAACAUAGGAAAAUUGGUUAGAUUC